UUGUUGCGGCGCUCUCUCGCUCGCUCUCUGCUACCUUCCCCUUCCCUUCCGGGGGAGCCGGAGCUCUAUUAAUACGCGCGCACGGGCGCCCGAGUUCGCGGCGGACGUGCGAGCGCCAUGGUUUCCCUUUCCCGGCCGGUUAAACCGACGCGUGCUCAUUGAACGACGGCAGGUAUAUACUGGUAGAGGUCGGGGCUACCUGCAGAGAGGGCAUACAGCAGGCAGGCAAUGGCGAGGUCACGGCCAGGGGGCCUCGCGGCCAGCCUCCUCGUCCUCCUCUGCCUGGUCGCCUCCGCAGCCGCCGCCGCCACUCCCGGCGUCGGGCUGGUGGGCGUGGACGGGACGCAGUUCGUGGUGGGCGGCGGCAAGACGGUCUACUUCAGCGGGUUCAACGCGUACUGGCUGAUGCUGGUGGCGUCGGACCCGCCGCGGAGGGGCCAGGUGGUGGCCGCGUUCCGGCAGGCGGCGGGGCACGGGCUCAACCUCGCGCGGACCUGGGCCUUCAGCGACGGCGGCGACACCCCGCUGCAGUCGGCCCCAGGCGUCUACGACGAGGCCAUGUUCCAGGGGCUGGACUUCGCGAUCGCCGAAGCCAGGCGGCACGGCAUCUACCUCCUCCUCUGCCUCACCAACAACUUCCACGACUUCGGCGGCAAGCGCCAGUACGUCGCCUGGGCCAGGGAGGCCGGCCACCACCUCGCCACCGCCGACGACUUCUUCAACAGCACCGUCGUCAAGGGAUACUACAAGAACCACGUCAAGACGGUGCUGACGCGGGUGAACACCGUGACCGGCGUCGCGUACAGGGACGACCCUACCAUCCUCGGCUGGGAGCUCAUGAACGAGCCGCGAUGCGACGCCGACCCCACCGGCGCCAUGGUGCAGGCCUGGGUGGAGGAGAUGGCGCCGUACGUGAAGUCCAUCGACGGCGACCACCUGGUGACGGCGGGGCUGGAGGGCUUCUACGGCGACGGCGCGCACGAGAGCAAGGACCUCAACCCCUGGGGCAUCUACUACGGCACCAACUUCGUCGAGACCCACCGCGCGCACGGCGUCGACUUCGCCACCAUCCACCUCUACCCGGACGUUUGGCUCUGGGGCUCCGGCGCCGCCGCGCAGCUCGCCUUCUUCCGGAACUGGACGCGCUCGCACGCCAGGGACACGGAGCUGUAUCUCGGCAAGCCGCUGCUCGUCACCGAGUACGGAAAGUUCCUGUGGGACGGCGUCGCCAACCGGACGCAGCGGGACCGCUUCCUGGGCCAGGUGCUCGACUCCAUCUACGCCUCGGCCGCCGGCGGCGGGCCGCUCGUCGGCGGCGCGUUCUGGCAGCUGCUGGACCCCGGGAUGGACACGCUCAGGGACGGGUACGAGAUCAUACUCCCCGAGGACCAACGCGCCGCGACAAUCAUCGGCAACCACUCCCGGCAGCUCGCGGAGCUCAACGGGCAGGACGUCGAGGCGGUUCGCCGGAGGAGGCGGCGGCGCCGGGGUGCGCAAAGGAAGGUGCACGUAGGCAGCAGCUCGGGUAGGAGUAGGAGUAGCAGUGACACGCCACGGUUACACGCCCUCUUGGUUCGUUUCAUCUCUUUGUUCAGAUCAAUUUCUUCGCUGUUCCGUCCAGCAGCGUCUAGACCGUAGAAAAUUUUACUGCACAUACAUACAGUUAAAAAAUACUUAGCUGUGUACCUAGGUAGUCCUAGAAGCCAGGGAUUUCAGGUAAAAAACAUACUUGUCCUGACAAUGUGUACUGUACCAUUACAUCUAUACUGGAUGCUAAAAAAGAGGUGUAGUACUAGAGCCUGGUGGGUAGUUUUCAUGGGCCAUUUGAAGUCUCUGUUCCAUCUUCCAGCAGAAGGAUCUGUCCGUUUUUCUGACUGCUA